GGGUCGGAAGUGAGGGCGGGCGGUGGGGGCCGUUGCCGCAGUGACAGUGCUCCGGGAGUCCGAAGAUGGCGGCGUCGCGUCGCUCUCAGCAUCAUCACCACCAUCAUCAACAACAGCUCCAGCCCGCCCCAGGGGCUUCGGCGCCGCCGCCGCCACCUCCCCCACCACUCAGCCCCGGCCUGGCCCCGGGGACCACCCCAGGCUCCCCCACGGCCGGUGGCCUGGCCCCCUUCGCCUCCCCUCGGCACGGCCUAACGCUGCCUGAGGGGGAUGGCAGUCGGGAUCCGCCCGACAGGCCCAGAUCCCCGGACCCGGUUGACAGUACCAGCUGUUGCAAUACCACCAGCACAAUCUGUACCGUCGCCGCCGCUACCGUGGUCCCGGCAGUUUCUGCUUCACCUGCCACUGGGGUCGCUUCCAACCCAGCCGGCGGUGGCAGUAACAAUUCACCGUCGUCCUCUUCUUCCCCGACUUCUUCCUCAUCUUCCUCUCCAUCCUCCCCUGGAUCAAGCUUGGCGGAGAGCCCCGAGGCGGCCGGAGUUAGCACCACAGCAACAUUGGGGCCUGGGGCAGCGGGACCUGGGACAGGGGUCCCAGCAGUGAGUGGUGCCCUACGGGAACUGCUGGAGGCCUGUCGCAAUGGGGACGUGUCCCGGGUAAAGAGGCUGGUGGACGCGGCAAACGUAAAUGCAAAGGACAUGGCCGGCCGGAAGUCUUCUCCCCUGCACUUUGCUGCAGGUUUCGGAAGGAAGGAUGUUGUAGAACACUUACUGCAGAUGGGUGCUAACGUCCAUGCUCGUGAUGAUGGAGGUCUCAUCCCGCUUCAUAAUGCCUGUUCCUUUGGCCAUGCGGAGGUUGUGAGUCUGUUACUGUGCCAAGGAGCUGAUCCAAAUGCCAGGGACAACUGGAACUAUACCCCUCUGCAUGAAGCUGCUAUUAAAGGGAAAAUCGAUGUGUGUAUUGUGCUGCUGCAGCACGGAGCCGAUCCAAACAUUCGGAACACUGAUGGGAAAUCGGCCCUGGACCUGGCAGAUCCUUCAGCAAAAGCUGUCCUUACAGGUGAAUACAAGAAAGACGAACUCCUAGAAGCUGCUAGGAAAUUUACACUUACUCAUGGAGCUUGCGUCAAUGCUAUGGAUCUCUGGCAGUUUACUCCCCUGCAUGAGGCUGCUUCCAAGAAUCGUGUAGAAGUCUGCUCUUUGUUACUUAGCCAUGGUGCUGAUCCUACGCUUGUCAACUGCCAUGGCAAAAGUGCCGUGGACAUGGCUCCCACGCCUGAGCUCCGGGAGAGAUUGACUUAUGAAUUUAAAGGUCAUUCUUUACUACAAGCAGCCAGAGAAGCAGACCUAGCCAAAGUUAAAAAAACACUUGCUUUGGAAAUCAUUAAUUUCAAACAACCACAGUCUCAUGAAACAGCACUGAGUACUCCUUUACAUCUCGCAGCGGGCUACAACAGAGUUCGAAUAGUUCAGCUACUGCUUCAGCACGAGAGUACGCCUAUACGCACUUCUGAUGUUGACUAUCGACUCUUAGAGGCAUCUAAAGCUGGAGACUUGGAAACUGUGAAGAUGAAUGCACUGGACACCCUUGGUCAGACUGCUUUGCACAGAGCUGCCCUCGCAGGUCACCUGCAGACCUGCCGCCUCCUGCUGAGCUAUGGCUCCGAUCCCUCCAUCAUCUCCUUACAAGGCUUCACGGCGGCGCAGAUGGGCAACGAGGCAGUGCAGCAGAUUCUGAGUGAAGAAACUUCUAUUAAGGAUAAGAAUACAGAUAGAGAGAGAGUGAAUCAUCAACAUGUUGACAUAGCGGCAUUACUGAUAAAGUACAACACAUGUGUAAAUGCAACAGAUAAGUGGGCUUUUACUCCUCUUCAUGAAGCAGCCCAGAAAGGAAGGACACAGUUAUGUGCCCUCCUCCUAGCGCAUGGUGCAGAUCCAACUAUGAAGAACCAAGAAGGUCAGACACCUCUAGAUCUGGCAACAAUUACACUAGAUGUGUUGGCUGACAUGGGUCACGAAGAGUUGAAAGAAAUAGGCAUCAACGCAUACGGGCACCGCCACAAAUUAAUCAAAGGAGUAGAAAGACUUUUAGGUGGACAACAAGGCACCAAUCCUUAUUUGACUUUUCACUGUGUUAAUCAGGGAACUAUUUUGCUGGAUCUUGCUCCAGAAGAUAAAGAGUAUCAGUCAGUAGAAGAAGAGAUUCAAAAAGUUGUCAACAAGAAGUUGAGAGAGCGGUUCUGUCACAGACAAAAGGAAGUGUCAGAGGAGAAUCACAACCAUCACAAUGAACGCAUGUUAUUUCACGGUUCUCCUUUCAUUAAUGCCAUUAUUCAUAAAGGGUUUGAUGAGCGACAUGCAUACAUAGGAGGAAUGUUUGGAGCUGGGAUUUAUUUUGCUGAAAACUCCUCGAAAAGCAACCAGUAUGUUUAUGGAAUUGGAGGAGGAACAGGUUGCCCUACACACAAAGACAGGUCGUGUUAUAUAUGUCACAGACAAAUGCUUUUCUGUAGAGUGACCCUUGGAAAAUCCUUUCUGCAAUUUAGCACCAUGAAAAUGGCUCAUGCUCCCCCAGGACAUCACUCAGUGAUUGGCAGACCCAGUGUCAACGGGCUGGCGUAUGCUGAAUAUGUCAUCUACAGAGGAGAACAGGCAUACCCGGAGUAUCUCAUCACCUACCAGAUCAUGAAGCCGGAAGCUCCUUCACAGACCGCCACAGCCGCAGAGCAGAAGACCUAGUGAAUGCCUGCCGGUAAAAGCCAGAUCGGAUUUAAACCUGGGACUGGAUUACAGUGGAUUGUUUCCAACAACAAAAAAAUCAA